AGAAUCACACCAACGUCAUAUCAAACGGACCGAUAACAUGUCCUCUGGUUGAAGAAAGAGCUAGCAAGGAAGCAAACUAUUUAUUGUCACUUACGAAGUUAAAAGGCGGAAAUGUCGCUACAGACCAACUCCCAGACCACUCAGUGUUACAGCCAUAGUUGCUGCUGAAAUAGAUAUUUUGUAGAAAUUGUGUUUCUUACAAAGGAAUGAGCGAUAUUUAACAAGGAAGUCGCCCAGCUAGCUAGCGAAAAGUAGCUAGCUAGGCUGCUAGCUGUCGUUAGCAAGAGAGUUCUUUGUUUUGCUUUCAGGUGGACGUCCGUGUAAACAUGAAGAGAAACUAGUGUGGACAUUUACUUUAACAUUUAACGUUUAUGUAGGAGUUUUAUAAUCAUGUACAUUGUAUCUUUGGUAACAGGUAGUUGAACUGGUUUCUGGGUUAUUAGACUAAACUAAUAUUAGCCACCGAGAGCAACUUUAGCAAAAAAGAUCAUAUUUUUAACGUCAGCCAGGACUGGAGACACGAAGAUAUGGGCAACUGUCUCAAGUCUCCGACAUCUGACGACAUUUCUCUCCUUCAUGAAUCCCAGUCAGACAGGGCGAGUUUCGGUGACGGAACAGAUCCAGACCUGGAGCCACCUCCGCCGUACCAGGAGCAGGCUCACAUGCCCAUGUACCAUCCCACGCCAAGUCAGGCCCGUCUGGCCACCCAGCUGACAGAGGAGGAGCAGAUCCGCAUAGCUCAGCGCAUCGGCCUUAUCCAGCACCUUCCUAAGGGUGUUUAUGAUGGAGGGCAAGACGGCUCAGAGAAAAAGAUCAGAGAAUGCGUGAUCUGUAUGCUGGACUUUGUAUACGGGGACCCCAUCCGGUUCCUGCCAUGUAUGCACAUCUACCACAUGGACUGUAUAGACGACUGGCUGAUGAGAUCCUUCACCUGCCCGUCCUGCAUGGAGCCCGUGGAUGCUGCUCUUCUCUCCACCUACGAGACCAACUGAUUUUUCACCCCUCUUCCCCUAAACUUAGAUCAAACACGGCCCCACACACAAACACAACAACUGCCCUCUUAUAGAAUGGGAGGAGCUAAAAAGGGAGCUAAAUGUGUUUGCUGUUUUCUUGCACUUUGAAAAAUUCAAAUUUACUCACUUAAUGUUGGCCUUCCGUGCCCUCCAGGUCUAAAUAAGCUGGUCUUAAACAUCAGUUAUUGAAAUCAGUAAGAAACUGUUUCCAGAUGACCCUGCAUGAUUGUGUUUGUGUGUUUUUGUCAUGUUGAAGCAGCAUCCAGUUUUGCCGCUGACAGUGAGCACAUGGGGUGUGUGUGUGUGUGUGUGUGUGUGUUUUCGUUUCGUGUGUGAGUGAGAGAGAGAGCUGUUUGGGCUGUUUGAUGACUGUGCAUAUCCACUUGAGCCGGUCUCAAUGGUGUUUCUCCCUAGCUGAUCCCAGCUCAACGUUCCCAGUUAGUCGUCGUUAAAAUGGAUAAUUAGGUUAACAGAUUAUUGACCAAAAUGCUGCGAGGUGAAGUAAAGACUUCCUCAACAUAUUGAUCUCCUAAACAUGCUCUCACAUUAAAAUGGCCCUACACUUUGUCGAUAUGGGAAUACACAGCUGAAGUUUACUGUUGGUGUUAGAUAAUAAAGAAGGAAUUUCUCUCCAGUUAGUUAGGAUUACAAAAAAAUGAUGCACACCCUUAACAGAAAUCACCCAGAGUUUCUAAGUACACAAUGUACACCUAAAGUAGACCAAGGCUACAUGAUAUUUGGCCACUCCAAAUGACCAGACUUCAAAGAAAAUGCUUUGAGUUGAAGGGAGAAUUUUGUUGGGUAACAUGAAUGUUUCACCAGGCGGUGUGUAAAGUAGCUGGCAGCCAAUGUAAAGGGCUCAUUUGUGCAUGGGCAGUUGGAUCAGUCAGUCAAAAAUUUGAAAUGCUUGCACACACUUUUCAUCUGAUCCAGAGAUUUGCACUUUACUUAUAGGACUGUAUCUAAACAAUAUAUUAAUAUAUGUACCUUAUAACCUUGCACUAUCAAUACUUCAUUCCUUUAUUUCCUGAGAUGCAAAAGUUACAUAGCUGAUAAAGAUAUUUUCAAAGCUGUUGGUAGUCACUUAUCACGUUGACAUAAGCCUGAAGAUGUAUUUCAUGAAAUCUGUGAUUUAGUAGUGUGAGUCUCCGCUUUGUUCUGCUUGAUAUUUGAUUCUAGUGUGUUUUUGUGUAUAAGUGAAGGGACAGAGGCUUGCUCCAGUUUAAAGACAUUUUAGGAAAUAUGCUUCUCUGCUUUCCUGUCAAGAGUUAAAUGAGAAGAUUGAUAUCAAUCUGAUUCUGUGCGUUAAGUAUGGAGCUGCAGCCAGAUUAUCUUAGCUUAGUUUAGCAUAAAGACUGUAACCAGGGAGAAAGCUAGCAUGGCUCCAAAGCUCAAAAAUGCGCCUACUAGCACCUCUGAGUAAUUUGUGUUUUUACAGGGCGCUAAGUGCUGUUCGACAACAAAACCAGCAUGUAACUCCCUGUAAAACCAUUUAUGUACCGAUUUAAACAAAUGAGAUAUAACGUGUUAGUUAAUACACUGUAGAGAAUACUGGCAGACCAAUUUUUGAACUUGGUACAGCGCCAGGCUAACUGUUUCCUCCUGCUUCCAGCAGUCUUUAUGCUAAACUAAGCUAAUUGCCUUCCUCUUCUAGCUUCAUACUCAGCGUACAGACAUGAUAACGGUAUCAAUUUUCUCAUCUCGUGGCAAGAAAACGAAAAAGCAUAUUUCCCAAAAUGUCAAACUGUUCCUUUAAAGGUCCAGUAUGUAACAUUUAUGAGUGGCUAUUGGCAGAAAUGAAAUAUAUUUAUAAGUAUGUUUUCAUUAGUGUAUAAUCACCUGAAAAUAAGAAUAGUUGCGUUUUCAUUACCUUUUAGAAUAAGCCGUUUUUAUCUACAUAGGGAGUGGAUCCCUUUCCACGGAGGUCACAAUAUUGCAUUUGGGCUACUGCAGUUUCUACAGUAGCCCAGAAUGGACAAACCAACUGGCUCUAGAUAGGGCUGUUUACGUUUUUCGUGAGUUUCGCGGCCAACGUAGUUUCUAGGGGAGGGUGAUGUGAAUGGUAUUCAAAUGGUUGCAAACUGCAAUUUCACUGCUAGAUGCCACUAAAUCUUAUAUACUGGACCUUUAAGAAAGAAGAGGUGAACUUGAAAAUGUUUAAUUUUGAAUCCACAUUAGUACAAAGUCGCUUUCUUUAUUAUACGUCACAUUUAGUUUUAUUACACUAUAAUUCAUGUUUUGUAAUGCUUUAUUUCCAUUCACUGUAGCAGUAGUUACAGUCUUUGAUUUCUUUUUGAUUUGUGGCAUUGUUUGGUGAUAGUGUGGCUGUCUUUUAUUCUGUUACCUGUGUUUUAUCUUCUACCUUCAUUUUUUGUUACAUUUGUGUAAAAUCCACUGUGUAUUUAGGACAGUAAAUAUUUAACUUUUACACUGGUUUAAGCUUCACGGUGCAAACCUCUGUCCCAAAUGAAUUUCAGGGUGUGAGAGACUUCUUUUAUGGUGUGAUAGUUACAACUGAGAUAUCAAGAUUUCCUUUGAGCUUUUCCUUUGCUGUGUUUUUCAGGUUAAGUUUAUUCUGAAAAUUAAUAUUUCCUGUAAUCUUGUUUUAAUUUCUUUCUUUUUGGAAGGCUAAAAAGCCAUCAUGUAAAAAAAUAAACUGAAAAAAAUA